AUGGCCUACGACCCGAUCCUGCACUCACCGACGGAGUCCCGGGACUGCCCGCCAGGCUACCGCCGAACGACGGAGGCGUUCAUCGGCGAGGGGUCUACCAGGACCUGGACGGGACUGCGGGACUGCGCGGUGCGGUGCGAGGUCCGGCACAUGCACCUGCUCGGCGCGUGCCCGGGCUUCGAGUACUACCUGCCGAAGGGCACCUGCACCAUCUACCUCGCGGGAGCUCGCACCGGGCCGCCGCGGGCGGACCGAGAGGCCGGCUGGCAGACCUGCGUCGCGGACGGCUCGUCGGGCGCGUCGUCGCAGGCCGCCCAGGCGCGCGGCGGCGCUGCGGCCGGCAGCGUCUUCUGGGACGAGGUGCUGCCCAUCGCCAUGAUAUUAGCCCUCGUGGCCUUCAUCGCGUGGGCCAGGCCUUGCUGCCUGGGCCACAGUGCCCGCUCCUGGCGGGCGGACAUCGAGCUCCCCAGGUGGCCGGGCGGCGGCUACGGCGGCAGGGGCGUCAGCUCCUACGCCCCGCCGUCGGUCUUCGGGCAGGUCGGGAGGUCGGGCGGCUACGACGACUACGCCCAGCUCGGGUGGCCCGCGAGGCAGGAGGAGCAGAGCAGAGCAGCGGAGCACGUGCAGCAGGACGGCCUCGGGCCCGGUGCGACCCAGCCUGGCCCAAUCGCUCGAGCCACGCCUCUGCGCCAGGCAGAUCCGUGUGGCCCCGUUCUGGCCGCCGCCCACGGGUUCCGUGGCUGCCUGCGCGGGCUCCUCUCCGCAGCCAUUCUGUCCCAGGAUCUCCCAGGGGCCGCGGGAGUUUGGCGAGCCAGAAAGUUUCGGUUGCGCGGCGCGUGCCGUAGGGGCGCCUGGACCAUCAUGGGCGCAUACAAGUACCUCGAGGAGCUCUGGCGCAAGAAGCAGUCGGAUGUCAUGCGCUUCCUGGCGCGCCUGAGGACGUGGGAGUUCCGCCAGCUCCCCGCCCUGCACCGCUGCUCGCGGCCGAGCCGCCCGGACAAGGCUCGCAGGUUGGGCUACAAGGCGAAGCAGGGCGUGCUCGUGUACCGGGUCAGGGUCAAGCGCGGGGACCGCAAGAAGCGCGUGGCGAAGGGCAUCGUCUACGGCAAGCCGACGAACCAGGGCGUCAAGCACUGGAAGACGGUGCGCAACCUGCGCAGCAUCGCCGAGGAACGGGCGGGCCGCAAGCUCUCGAGCCUGCGGGUGCUGAACUCCUACUGGGUCGCGCAGGACUCCACGUACAAGUGGUUCGAGGUCGUCAUGGUCGACCCCAUGCACAAGUGCGUGCGCGACGACCCCCGCCUCAACUGGAUCUGCAAGGCCGUGAUGAAGCACCGCGAGCUGCGCGGACUGACCGCGGCGGGCCGCAAGGCCCGCGGCCUGCUCAAGAAGGGAAAGCGCGCCAGCAAGCUGCGCCCGUCGUACAAGGGCCACUACAAGAAGACCAACAAGAUGCGCCUGAGGUGGGCGAGCAAAGGGCCGCUGCCUGUGCGGGCGCCUGCCGCCAUGGGCCAUCCCGCCCCGGCGUGCUGCGUCUGCCUUGCCACAUCCGUACUGGCGCAGGGGGUAUACUUGGGCCUCAUUGUGCUGUGCUUCGUCAUCAACGUCUUGCUGUUCAUCGCGGGGAAUGCCGAACAGGAUGAUGAAGGGAUGGGUGAUGGAGAGGCCGCGACCUAUCUCAUCCUGGGGAGCGCGGCUGGCUAUAUCAUCCUCGUGACCGCCAUCGUCAUGUCUGCGUCCCGGAUCUGCGCGCCGUGUUGCUGCGAGGGACUCGAGAAAGUGGGCCAAUGUUGUCCGUGCAAUUGCUUCCUGCACCUGGACACGCCGCUCUACGUAAUGGUUGGACUAGGUGUAGUCAUGAACGCCGUCACGUUAGUUGUGGAUACAGGUGGUGAUCCUAGAGUCUUUCGCCUGGUGAGGCUGGUUCACCCGGCUCUGAGCAUCGCCGCGAUCGUCUGCGCCACCGUCAACUUGUGUGUCAUGGCGCGCUUGUGCUGCCAAAGCUGCUUGCCCGAGAUCCAGUCGGCCAGCGCGCGGCUGCCCCAGGACGGCCUCGGGCCCGGUGCGACCCAGCCUGGCCCAAUCGCUCGAGCCACGCCUCUGCGCCAGGCAGAUCCGUGUGGCCUCGUUCUGGCCGCCGCCCACGGGUUCCGUGGCUGCCUGCGCGGGCUCCUCUCCGCAGCCAUUCUGUCCCAGGAUCUCCCAGGGGCCGCGGGGGUUUGGCGAGCCAGAAAGUUUCGGUUGCGCGGCGCGUGCCGUAGGGGCGCCUGGACCAUCAUGGGCGCAUACAAGUACCUCGAGGAGCUCUGGCGCAAGAAGCAGUCGGAUGUCAUGCGCUUCCUGGCGCGCCUGAGGACGUGGGAGUUCCGCCAGCUCCCCGCCCUGCACCGCUGCUCGCGGCCGAGCCGCCCGGACAAGGCUCGCAGGUUGGGCUACAAGGCGAAGCAGGGCGUGCUCGUGUACCGGGUCAGGGUCAAGCGCGGGGACCGCAAGAAGCGCGUGGCGAAGGGCAUCGUCUACGGCAAGCCGACGAACCAGGGCGUCAAGCACUGGAAGACGGUGCGCAACCUGCGCAGCAUCGCCGAGGAACGGGCGGGCCGCAAGCUCUCGAGCCUGCGGGUGCUGAACUCCUACUGGGUCGCGCAGGACUCCACGUACAAGUGGUUCGAGGUCGUCAUGGUCGACCCCAUGCACAAGUGCGUGCGCGACGACCCCCGCCUCAACUGGAUCUGCAAGGCCGUGAUGAAGCACCGCGAGCUGCGCGGACUGACCGCGGCGGGCCGCAAGGCCCGCGGCCUGCUCAAGAAGGGAAAGCGCGCCAGCAAGCUGCGCCCGUCGUACAAGGGCCACUACAAGAAGACCAACAAGAUGCGCCUGAGGGAAGCCGAGUGUGGGACGUUUGUGAACUCCAGCAUGUCACGGUGUGCCCAAUUAUCAGACCAAAUUGUGCUGCUUGGUCGAGAUGUGAAGCGGAAACACGACGAACUACAGAACCAGUUCGCUCAUGCCCUCCGCGCCCAGGAUCUGAAGAUCGACCAGUUGCAGUCCCACAUCCAGAACCCUUCCUCGGCGAUGUCGGUGGACGUCCCAGAGCUCUCCACAAAGUGUGAUGACAUCGAGCGCCAGCUGAAGGACCUCGCCGACCGUCAGAAGAUAGCAGAGACCAAGAUCUGCGAAAUGUUGUCCCCAGCUACGCCACCCUCGUCGGCUUCGAGCGCUGGCUCUCCCACCAUCAGCAAAGGUACGCCUUUCAGUCGCCCUCGCGGCUCUACCUCGUCACCGACUUCUUCGGUGGCGGCGAGCUCCUCGCACACCUGCGCCGGCUGGGCCGCUUCACCGAGGAGCAGGCCAAGUUCUUCACCGUCGAGGUCGCGCUCGGACUCGAGUACCUCCACGACCGCGGCAUCUGCCACCGUGACCUCAAGCCCGAGAACGUGCUGCUCGACUCGGACGGCCACGUGAGGCUCACCGAUUUCGGGCUGUCGAAGAUGGGCCUUGCGGGGAAGAUGACGUCCACCCUGUGCGGCACGCCGGAGUACCUCCCCCCAGAAGUG